UUAGAACUUCUAUCCAAUCUAACCAAGCUUCCUCCAAUCUCAAAACCCAGAAAAUCUUUUUAUGGUUAACAUGUUCUUUUCUGUAUCGGACAUGCCUUCAACACCAUCAGUUUUGUCAGCCUACACGUCUGUCGCUGCAUUGCUAAUGCUUGUCAGAACCGUCUUCAACGAGGUACAGACGAUGAUUAGUAAGUUUCUACCUCAGAAGCUCAGAGAGAACUUGUUACUAAGACUUGGUGAAAUAUUUGGAAGUCUCUGCUCUCAAAUGACUGUUCUUAUCAGUGAGUACAAUGGACUAUCAGUCAAUGAAAUCUACCAGGCUUCGGAAACCUACUUGAGCUCAAGAAUUACUCCUUCCAUUAACGAGCUGAAAGUUUUCAAAGCACAGAGAGAGAAGAACAUCUCGGUCACCAUCAACAAAGGUGAAAAGGUCUUUGACAUAUUUGAAGGAAUCCAGCUCGUCUGGGAAUUCGUCUCAACUGAAACGCAGAAGUCACAUUUCGACUAUGAUAACUAUUCUCACACUUCAGAAACAACCGAAAAUCGGUCAUUUCGACUCAGUUUCAACAAGAGAUACAAGGAAGUGGUGUUAAGGGCUUAUCUUCCAUAUGUGGUGGAGAGAUCAAAGGCUAUAAAAGAAGAAAACAAAGCCCUGAAGCUCUACUCGCUCGGAAGUUUAAGUGGAGACUAUGAUGCAGGUCCGUGGGGAUCGAUCAACCUCGACCAUCCAUCCACAUUUGAGACAAUGGCAUUGGAUCCAGAGCUCAAGAAUGAACUGAUGGAAGACUUGGACAGAUUUGUGAGGAGAAGGGAUUUCUAUAGGAGAGUUGGAAAGGCAUGGAAAAGAGGAUAUUUGUUGUAUGGCCCUCCUGGUACUGGCAAGUCAAGCUUGAUAGCAGCAAUGGCUAACUACCUAAAAUUUGACAUCUAUGACUUGGAACUCAAAAGUAUUCACAGCAAUGCAGAUCUCAGGAAAUUGGUAGUCUCCACAGCAAAUCGAUCGAUACUUGUCAUCGAGGACAUUGAUUGUAGCAUUGAGUUGCAGAACCGACAAGAUGGAAGCUACAAAGAAAAUGAAUUUACGUUUUUAACACUCUCUGGAUUGCUCAACUUCAUCGAUGGAUUAUGGUCAAGCUGUGGAGAUGAGAGGAUAAUUGUGUUUACGACCAACUACAAAGACAGAAUUGAUCCUGCUCUGCUGAGACCAGGCCGAAUGGACAAGCAUAUUAACCUGUCUUUCUGCACUCCAAGUGGGUUCAAAAUCCUUGCUUCCAACUACCUAGGAAUUAGUACUCAUCACUUGUUCACUCAUAUUGAAGAACUGAUAGAGGAAGUAGAGGUGACUCCUGCAGAAGUUGCAGAAGAGCUCAUGAAAUAUGAAAACGUAGAUAUUGCACUCAAAGGUGUCACUGCUUUUAUUGAAAGGAAGAAGCUGAUGAAAUGUAAUGAAAAUACUGCAGAGGAAAGAAAAGACGUCGUCGUUGAACAAGAAAAAGAAAGCGAGGGAUUUCAAGGGAAAUGUGACAGCAAAGUUAGGAAAAAUCAGAGGAAGAUGGCGAAAAAGGGGAAAGAAGGAUGAACUUAGCUCCAGCUUGGUGUUCUUGCUGCAGUUAUAAGUUGCUUCUAUAUGCAAUAAAGGAAAUGAGUGUGGUGAUGCAUAUCAAGAACUGCUAUUAGAAGCAGUAAAGUGUGCUAACAAUUUGUUUAGAGUAGUUUUGCUGUGAAGAUGACAAAAAUACACAUGUAUGGUUGAAAUUUCUACUAAUUGAAUACAGUGUUUUGGAAACAAUGUAAUGGAUUAUUGGAAUAAAAAAGACUUGAAAGAUUUUAAUAAGCAGUUUAAUGAA